CAGACAAACCAGUUUGUUAUCCAGUGAACCACGCCCCGAGCUGAUUCCUUUAUAUCUCUAAUUUUAAUAUAAAUGGUUGAAUCGGACCUUCAGUCACAUGAUCCCCAGUAACUACAACACUGUGUGCAGUGGUGGAAAGUAACUAAGACUCGUUCACCCCUUCGGCUGCUGUUUGAAACUGUUUCUCACAGAUGAACACGAUGGAUCUCAGCGACGCUCUCGGAGGCCCCCCCCCUCCCAGCUGGCCAGGUCAGCCCAACCCCACCUGGCCCGGAGGCUCAUCUGCAGGAGGAGGAGGCGUGUGGCCCGGGGGUAACCCUCCACCGCAACCCACUGCACCUGGAGGAUGGCCCAGUUCUGGACCUGGACAAGUCCCUGGACCUGGAGGAUGGCCCAGUUCUGGACCUGGACAAGUCCCUGGACCUGGAGGAUGGCCUAGUCCUGCAACUGGACCUGGACCUGCACCUGGAGGAUGGCCCAGUUCUGCACCUGGACCAGUCCCUGGACCUGGAGGAUGGCCUAGUCCUGCAACUGGACCUGGACCUGUACCUGGAGGAUGGCCCAGUCCUGCACAGGGACCUGGACCUGUACCUGGAGGAUGGCCCAGUCCUGCACAGGGACCUGGACCUGGACCUGGAGGAUGGCCCAGUCCUGCACAGGGACCUGGACCUGGACCUGGACCUGGACCCACCUUCCCAUCUGCUCCUCAGCAGAAUCUGUCGGUUCCGUUCCAUCAGAAUCUUCCAAAUGGAGUUUAUGACAAACUGCUGAUCACCAUCGCUGGAACCGUCAAACACAACCCUAACAAGUUCACCGUGGAUCUGUUGGCGUCCAAGGAUUUAGCGUUUCACUUCAACCCUCGCUUCAAUGACUACGGGAAGAAGGUGCUGGUCAGAAACAGCUUCAUCGGAGGGAGUUGGGGCAAAGAGGAGAGGGAGGUGAAACACUUCCCCUUCGUCCCGGGUCAGGCGUUCGAGAUUAAGAUCAUGUGCACCAACACAGAGUUCAAAGUGGCCGUCAACAACUCUCACCUGCUGGAAUACAAACACCGGGUCCGCGACCUCAGAUCCAUCAACAGCAUCGGCAUCAACUAUGACCUCACCCUGUCCAAGUUCCAUAUGGAGACCGUGUCCUGAGACAGAUCCCCAGAUCCACUGGAGAUCCACUGAGGAUCUAAGGGUUGGGCGGCCAGAUGUGAUGUGGAGAUCAAGUCAUUUAUAAAAAAUCCUUCAAUAAAAUGAUACUAUAUCUGUAAUAGAAGAACUAGAAUGUAUUAGAUCUACUGUAGAUCCUCAGUGGAUCCUCAGUAGCUCCUCAGUGGAUCCUCAGUAGAUCCUCAGUAGAUCCUCAGUGGAUCCUCAAUGGAUCCUCAGUAGAUCCUCAGUAGAUCCUCAGCGGAUCCUCAGUAGCUCCUCAGUAGCUCCUCAGUAGAUCCUCAGUGGAUCCUCAGUAGAUCCUCAGUAGAUCAACAAUGGAUCCUCAGUAGAUCCUCAGUAGCUCCUCAGUAGAUCCUCAGUAGAUCCUCAGUAGCUCCUCAGUAGAUCCUCAGUGGAUCCUCAGUGGAUCCUCAGUAGAUCCUCAGUAGAUCCUCAGUAGAUCCUCAGUGGAUCCUCAGUAGAUCCUCAGUAGAUCCUCAGUAGAUCAACAGUGGAUCCUCAGUAGAUCCUCAGUAGCUCCUCAGUAGAUCCUCAGUAGCUCCUCAGUAGAUCAUCAGUAGAUCCUCAGUGGAUCCUCAGUAGAUCCUCAGUAGAUCCUCAGUGGAUCCUCAGUAGAUCCUCAGUAGAUCCUCAGUGGAUCCUCAAUGGAUCCUCAGUAGAUCCUCAGUAGCUCCUCAGUAGAUCCUCAGUAGCUCCUCAGUAGCUCCUCAGUAGAUCCUCAGUGGAUCCUCAGUGGAUCCUCAGUGGAUCCUCCUGUAGCUGUGUGUUCUUCAGUUGGAACUCGUAUGAUUCACACAAAUAAAUGGUUCCUCUUCAA